CCAGUAGUCGCGGCGACUUUGCCGCGCCACCACGCCAUGGCGUCUGUCGCCGCGUGGCUCCCUUUCGCCCGCGCCGCCGCCAUCGGCUGGGUCCCCAUCGCGACCCACCCCCACCCACCACCGCCGGUCCCCAAAGACAGACGGCGAGCCGAGGACGAGAAACUCCUCAUCAACGUCUCUGGACGCCGCUUCGAGACCUGGAGGAACACGCUCGAAAAAUAUCCGGACUCACUCCUCGGCUCCUCCGAGCGAGAGUUCUUCUACGACGAGGACAGUCGCGAGUACUUCUUCGACAGAGACCCUGAUAUCUUCAGGCACAUACUCAACUACUACAGAACGGGGAAGUUGCAUUAUCCAAAACAUGAGUGUUUGACGGGGUACGAUGAGGAGCUAGCAUUCUUCGGGAUACUCCCGGAUGUGAUAGGGGAUUGUUGUUAUGAGGACUAUAGGGAUAGGAAACGGGAGAAUGCCGAGCGUCUCAUGGACGAUAAGCUCAGUGAGGCUGGGGACCAGAGUCUGCCCCAGCUCACGGACUUGCGGCAGAAAAUGUGGCGGGCGUUUGAGAAUCCGCACACUUCAACUGCCGCUUUAGUAUUUUACUAUGUCACUGGAUUUUUCAUUGCCGUCUCCGUGAUGGCCAACGUAGUGGAGACCGUCCCGUGCGGCCACAGGCCCGGCCGAGCGGGCACGCUGCCCUGCGGAGAGCGGUACAAGAUAGUAUUCUUCUGCCUAGACACAGCUUGCGUGAUGAUCUUCACUGCCGAAUACUUGCUUCGGCUGUUCGCCGCUCCCGACCGUUGCAAAUUCGUCAGAUCUGUCAUGUCUAUCAUUGACGUGGUUGCGAUUCUACCGUACUAUAUCGGGUUAGGCAUAACAGACAACGAUGACGUGUCGGGAGCGUUCGUGACCUUGAGAGUGUUCAGAGUGUUCCGUAUCUUCAAGUUCUCCCGGCACUCUCAGGGUUUGAGGAUCCUCGGGUAUACGCUGAAGUCUUGUGCGAGCGAGCUUGGGUUCUUGGUAUUCUCCCUGGCCAUGGCGAUCAUCAUAUUCGCGACUGUUAUGUUCUACGCCGAGAAGAACGAGCAAGACACCAAUUUCACAUCCAUUCCUGCUGCCUUCUGGUACACCAUCGUAACCAUGACUACGCUCGGGUACGGUGACAUGGUGCCUGGCACGAUAGCGGGCAAGAUAGUAGGCGGCGUGUGCUCACUGUCCGGAGUGCUGGUGAUCGCCCUGCCUGUCCCCGUCAUCGUGUCCAACUUCUCCCGGAUCUACCACCAGAACCAACGGGCGGACAAAAGAAAGGCGCAGAGGAAAGCCCGUUUGGCGCGCAUUCGUAUCGCAAAGGCGUCGUCUGGCGCAGCGUUUGUUUCCAAGAAGAAAGCGGCGGAGGCACGCCUGGCGGCGCAGGAGUCGGGCGUGGAACUCGACGACGCGGGACGAGACGAAGACAUUUUCGAAUUGCAACACCACCACUUACUCAGAUGUCUGGAGCGCACUACGUUUGUAAGCCCUCAACACGACCCUUUCCAGGAUCGGGAGUUUGUGGAGUUGGAGAAUCCUUUCAAUGGCGCGGCGAAGCGGCCCGGAUCGCCGUCGCCGCUCGCGUCGCCCGCGCACUCGAGCCGUGCGCCGGCGCUGCUCGCGUGUUGCGCGCGCUGCGGCUGCUGUCCGCAGAAAUAUCAGGUCCUGCUAUUAGACUCGAGUAGGAAGGGGCGCAUGCGCGGCGCGCGGCGGUACACGGCGACGUCGCGUCCGUCCGACACGUCGGUUUCAGCCGCGCCCAGCGAAGACCCGCUUCCGACACAAGCAUGCGGAAAAUACAUUCCUGCUGGAAGCACAGUGCAAGGGAACCAGACUGGAGUCGCGAUGGACGGGACAUACCUCGUCGAGGCAUCAUUCUAGGGCCCGUCCACUAGCCACAUGGAGAGCUACGUCUAGCCAUGGGACAAUCUCAAACGAGACAAAGUGGAAAGUGUUUAGCAUACUGACUACUUGAAAAUCGUUCGUCCCUCCAAGAGCGGAACCACGACUCAAGGGAUCGAACUUUCCAGAACUUUCUAGAAUUGUUGCGUAGUUAUUUAGAGUUGCUUGACAGACGGUCCUAUGAGUUGAUCAGAAACUUGUUCCAUAGAGGCAACUCUGAACGUAGACCAAUGUCGAUUCCCGUGUGGGAUAUUGGUAGCGUUUGAACGCUAAGGAUAUUAUCUCGAAUAAGACGUUUAAUGAUGUUAGAACUACUUGGAAGGCCAAAUGGGAAGUAUUCAAAUACAAUUAUUAGGUUACGAAUCUGUGUAAUUUUAUCUUUUUAAGUCUAACACGAUACUGCCUAAAUGAAGAAAUAUCAGAUUUGUAUUGAUGUAUUAGAAGUGUUGUCUUAUGAAAAUACAUUGACUACUGUCUGUUAGAUAAUGUUCAGAAUUGAAGAGGUAGGGUCGUUCAAGUUUACGGAAUAGAAAGAUAAAAGUUUAGAUUGUAUUUGUGUAUAGAUUGUGAUGAAUGAAGGAGUCCUUAAUGUAGACAUGUAUCUAAGCGAAAAGGCAACAUAAACAACUGAAGAUUUACAAUUCAAGUGCUUUAUAUUACACCAAUAGAUUGAUGUGUCAGUAAUUCUUGUAUUUUCAUUUGCGAACAGUUCUUUUGCGUCUCCUCCGUGUAGAAAUUCUUUUACCCGUAUAGGUGUAUUGUGAACAGUAUUAAUUAAGAUUUUAAUGGUGGAUGAUACAAACGAAUCUCGAUUCUGACAACGAGAAACAAACACGAUUGUAAGUUUACAUUGGAUUGGAAUUGUGAGUAAGGCUCGAUAUAGAAUGAACACUAGCGGGCCUAAUAUCGUACCUUGUGGAAGAAAAUAAUGUCAGUCCUUCAGGAUGUCUUCACAUUAGUCGCGCUGCAGCCUCGCGGCACAUUUUGUAUGGACUAAAAGACGCCCUUAAAGACUCGCUAGUAUAGAGCCAUUGAGCAGUGUAGAAAAGACAAAAUGGUUUCAAAUUUUCAUUAUAGUCAAUAGUUAUUGAAAUCAUAUCAAUAUUAGGGCAGUUAUCUAAAUAGGUUUGCAGGUGAGUUUGAUGAAAGCUCGUGCUAUUUAUGCGAGUUUAUUGUUUAUAUUUGUAGUGAUUCAUUCCAAUCUCAAUUACCCAAAUGUAAAUAUUUAAUUUACUUUAAUAUUUAUUCUACCUUUAUUUGUUAUUGACGAAUAUUUUUAAGGCAUUGUUUUUCUUCUUACUCAACAUCAAUCGUAUUUGCGUCUUUUAGAUUUAAGUAGGUACUACUCAAUAAUAGCUGUAAUUUGAAAUUCGAUUUUGAUUGAAAUGAAUCACGACGAUAUUCUGUCAUGUCCACGAGAAAAUGGGGUAUUUGAAUUCUCAUGUUAACUGUUUUUAUGAAAGUGGAAAUUUACUAUUUACUUGACGUGUUUUCGUCAUAGUUAAAAUUGUAGAUAUAAAAAAAGGUUUUAGACGUUUUCAGAAACUUUCCAAAACUGACGUACUUAGUCUGAGAGUCGCCAUCUGUGGGUAUAUUUAGGAAACGAGGGGUCUAUUGCUUAUUCUGUCCUAAAGCUACGCUUUGAAUGUUGUGAAAUGAAAGUGAGUAAGGUGGUGACUUUUCGAUUAGGUAAAAUUUUGUCCACUAUCAUUUGGUUAUAAUCCACUAGGACUCUAGUGCCUUCGAAAACGUGUAUUUCCAUAUAAUCAUUAUUGAUUGUUGCUCUGUGUUAGUGAGGGGUAGACGUUAUAUCGACUAACAUGAAUGCGCGCGUUUGCGUCAGUUCAUUCGUUCGAAACUUGUUAUAGGGACUUGGAUACUACUUUGGAAAAGUGUAUAUUCACUUUUAUAAUAUAACAUACCUACAUGAAAACCACUUUUAUAAUAUGUGGAUUUAAUGUGGUAUAUUUUCUUUACUAGAACCAUCCUAUUACAGUUAGCUGCAUAUUCUAUCGCAGUAAUCCUCAAGUCCCUAUAUAACGUGUCUAGUUUAUGUUUGUACUGUAUGCAUUGUUAAAAAAAAACUACUUUUUAUUUUAAGCUUAGUUCGUGACCGCUAGAGGCGCUGUUGUUUUCUUCGUGUAUACUAUAGUGAUGUGCAUACUUGUAUAUAUUAUACAGAGUAAAAUCGGAAAUAUUUUUUUAUAUUUUUUGGUACUAGUAAAAUAAGUAAUUACGAUCUUUUUAUUUUCUUACUGUUACCAUUUAAAAACGUUUUUUAGUUUUUAUGAAUUCAAAUAUUUUCGCUUUCACUUUGUAUAAAAAAACUUAUGCUAGACAUGUUUCGAACUAACAAUGAAUAUUGUACAAUGAAACUUGCAUCUGCGGAUGUUUUUAUGAAUAUCCAAGUAGUAAUGACCCUUGUAAAAAAUAGAUAUAUUAUAGAGGUCUUAUGAUUGCAAUAGUUGAGAAGAGUUAAAUAGAUAGAUGAAUUUAUGUGGUUAACUAGAAAUUUAUUUAAAAUUAUUAUCUGUUAUAAUUUAGCGGUAAGAAAUGGUGUACUUUUGGCAAGGAGUGAGCAGGAUUUCUUUAUAAAUUAGUUCAAGUGAAUAUUACUGUAAUAUUGGUGUUGGUGCAUUGUAAUAAUCAGGUUAGUCGUGCAUUUACUUAUUGAUUUAACCUUUUGAUUACAUCAGUGGUAAGAGUGAUAAUAUAAGUCCAAUUGGUCACGGAUAGGUAGUAAUUUAUUAAUAAAAUAUUUAUUAAACUGUUCAAGAAGGCGAUUGUUCCCUUAAUAAGCAACUUUUUGCAUUGGAUGCAUGGAGAGUGUAUUAUAGUAUGUGUAGGAUGAGUUUUAUUUUGUAGGUAUUAUAAUUAAAAACCGAAUUCGAUGUUGAAAUUAUCUUCCAAAAUAUUGCCACAAUUUCUACUAAAGGAAUAAUCAGUAAUUUGAUACAUCUAAGUAAAUAUUAUAAGGAUCAAUUAAUACAUUAAAGUUGAUGGUUUUCUCCUAUGUUCUUGUCAUUAUCUGUGGUUUAAAAUUUAUUCUUUGGAAUUUAAUGUUUUUAAUAAAAAUGUAAAAUAGGGAUGUGAAUUUUAAAAUUUAAAUUUUAUUAAAUCCUUUUAGUGUAUCUGUCCCUGUGAUUCUAUGGCUGUUAUAAACUUUAUUUCUUGUUUUUCUCUAUUGAUAUUUAUGGAGUAUUAUAAUGUGAGAAAAGGCCUAUUUAGGUAGUGAAAGUACAUCCCAACAAAGUUUUAAUGAAAAGAAGAGAAAUACAUACUUCAUUCCCAUUCCCGAGGCAUAUUUCUGUUCAUUUUUAUCUAAAGUUUUUAAAUGCACGGUUUUUAAAUGAAUAAUUAAAACAGUAUAUAUAUAUGUCACUAAAUAUUUUUCUUUAAAGAAUUUCAAAAACAUACAAUAUUAGUUAUAACAGAGAAGCUAUAUCUUCCAGCAUUAGAUACUCAACUAUUCUUCGAUAAAUUGUAUAUUAAACUAAAAUACUAUUUUCACAACUGUAUAUUUCAAAGCUGUAAAAUAGGCCUCCCUGUUGAGUUUUCCGUUUUAAAAUUGUAUGUAAAUUUUACGUCUUGUUUUUAAUUUAUCCUUUCUAAAUAACGUUUAAAAUUUCGGACCAUUUCAGUACUGCCGAAUGUUAAAAAAUAAACUAAUUUGAUUUUCAAACUGUGUGUUCUAAAUCUAAAAUCUGUCUUAAAAUGGAAUGCAGAGCUUUUUCAAAUUUCGGCUACAUUCAAACCCAUUAGUGAACUUCUUUGCUGAACUGGGAAUAAGGAAAAGUUUAGUUAUUUAAUUAUCCUUAGCUUGUAUUUAAAUAUCCACCUCUACCAAAUGACCUAUAAUAACCUAAUAUGGACUUAAUAUGGGCGAUAGGCUGGUAACCUGAGACCAUAACACAUCCAUACAUACAUAAAAUGAAGAUGGGGUUGGUAAUUCACCUCACAACCCACACGAUAGAAGAAGAAGACAUAAAAUCACUCCUAUUUCCCGUUGGGGAAAAAACCUGAAGACCAUAAGGUCCACCGUUCUUAUCAAUUUUAAACUUCAACACCCAAAUUGCCGAAUUAUGGUUCCAGCUUACAUUCACGUUAUUCACGAACUAUCUCUAAAAAAAUUAAAAAGAAUUGAGAAAUUUAUAUUAAAUUAAAUUAAUAUAUUUUUUUUAUUUUAUUUCAUUUUUACUAGUAAAUAUUUUGUUUUUAUUCUGUUUUUAUUUUUUGUUUUUAUUAUUGUUUUUGUACCUAAUCUCUUCUAUAAAAGUGAGAGUGUAGUCGAUUUUGAAACCAGCUCUAUAUCGUUAAAGAGAUAGGUAGUGUUGUGACUCUGCAUAUUGUUGGACCAAUGGAGGCGUAACUUCAAAUGUGUAGCGAGGAAUAGAGGUGCGUGCAUGUCGAUAAAUAACUCUUUUUUUUUUAAUUCUAGAUAUCGAUAAAUUGACUAUUACGAUUAAAAUGUUGUACCUAACUUAAGACCCUCGGUUCUGAACCUUUAGCUUAACGAUUCUUUGUUAUUUUGAGAAAAGAAUAAAAUAAUUGUAUAUAAUGAA